ACAGAGCGGCGCCCGCCCGCCCCCUGCGCCUCGGCGCUCGGAGGCGGCUCCGCCGCGCUCCCGUGGCAACGGAGCCGCCAACGGAGCCGCCGCUGCUGCCCGGUGGCCGUGGGCUGCGCUAUGUCCUCCCUCGCCCUGGCCAAGGCCCCUGCCCCACGGGCAGCCUCUCGCUCCCCGGCCGCCGGCCUCUCGCCCAGGAGGGCCGAGCACAGCGGCGCGGAGCUCGGAGCCGCACAGGAGACGCAGUCGAGGUCGGUGGAUCUGAGUCGUGUCAUCAGCCUGCUGCAAGGCUCGGGCUCAAUGAACUUGGAAAAAGAGCAGCUGAAAGCUCUGAAGAAGGUGGUCAAGCGUUUUGAAGCUGGGCUUCCCCUCAAGGAUCUGGCCCAAGUAAUGGACGUUGUGAACCUGUGUGCAGACAAAGUGGAUGAGCACGAAGCUUUCACUGAGCCUUUGUGUCAGCUUAUCAGAUUAUGUGGGUUGCCCUUCCUGAAGAAGAAAUUCUCUGAUGAGAUGAGCUACUCUGAGACAGCUUCCAAGUGCAUUGCCCAGCUGGGGUAUCUGAUGAGGGUGCCCAGCUCUCGCGUGAGGACAGAGAUCUGCCAGUGUGUUGUCAGCUUCUAUGACACAGAGCCGCCGAGGAGGCUGCAGCCAGGUUACCAGCCAACAAGUGCCAGCUACAAAGUCCAGAUGGCUGAGCUGGGAGGCUUAGCAGAAACCCUGGUUUUGUCCCUGGCCUUGGUAGAGAAGCAGCUCCUGGAGAAGCUGUGGGUGCUGAGGGCUCUGCAGCUCCUCUCCAGCUCUGGAGCAAACUGCAGGCUGAUGCUGAAGGCCCAAGCCGCCAGCAGGCUGUGCCUGCACCUCGGGGAUGCUGACCCCUCAGGGCUGCUGCUCCUCCGCUCCUCAGACAUCCUCUGCAGCCUCUUAGAGAACACCUCCGGAGAGGAGGUUGUUCAGCAGCUCAGCAGCUUGGAAUGUGUCUAUGCCCUGAAGGAAGUGUUCGUGGAGCUGCUGCUGCGGGGGUCCGGUCGGGCUGAGCGCCAGCUGCGGAACGACCUCUUGGUGCUGGCCUCCCUGCUGGCUGCAGGCGCUGCAGCACCCAUGCUGGAGAGUGGAUUUGCAAAGCUGUUAGUAGUGCUUGCAACCUUUACUGAAGCUAAAAUUCCCAGUCCCUUGCUGAAAGGUCUUGGAGUGACCAACUCUCCUGAGGACUUUGAGAUGAAGAAGUUACUGUUCAACGUCAUAGGAGUCUUAUCUGCAGCCCCCUGUGCUGUGCAGCUCCUCCACGACAGCGAUGUGAUGCCAGCCUUGCUGUCUUACGUCAGACCACACCACAAGCCUGGGGCUCCUGACUGGUCUGCUGCCCAGUAUGAAGACCUCCAGCUUCAUGCAAUGGCUGUUUUAGCUUCUGUGGCUCCCGUGUUGGUAGAGAAAUUCCUGUCCUGCCAGGCAAACACUCUGCUCCUGCUCUUUCUGGAGUGGUGCCUGGGCCAAGAUACUUUCUGUGGCCAAGGGAACAGUUUCCAUGCAAGAGGAGGCCGUGGCAGCAAGCUGGCCCAGAUGCGCUAUGGCCUGCGGGUGCUGCGCUCCGUCGUUGCCCUCUGCCAUGGGGGAGUCAGCCUCAGCCUGUGUGCCCAGGGGGCAGUCAGCCAGCUGCUGGACCUGCUGAAGUAUGCUGCAGACAAAUCUAAAGAGCAGGAGGAUGCCAUCCUGCUGGAAAUCCAGGCUGAUCUCUUGUUUCUUCUGUCUGCUCUCUGUGACAGUGAUCUCCACAGAAAGGAGCUCUUCAGCCCUGAAGGAGUGGAUCUCCUCAUCCCAUUCCUUCAGAUGGAUCCAAGGAAGAUACAGAAUGGAGUGGGCCACAGCCACCUCCUCUUCACUGCCCUCGACUGCCUGUGGUCUUGUGUGCUUGGCUGCCCCGCUGCAGAGGAUUCUUUUCUGCAGAGACAAGGCAUUGGCCUGCUCCUGGACCUGCUGGCAUUAAAGCAGAAGGACCUCUGCAAUACCAUCCUGAGCAUCUUGGUUGAGUUUUGUGACAACCCCAAAACCACUUCACACAUCAGCAGCUGGCGAGGGGAGAAAGAGCAAACAGCAGGCAGCCUUCUGCUGGAGCUCUGGAGGCAGGAGGAGCUGGAGCUGGGUGUCAGGAGGGACCCGUGGGGCAGGAUUGUUGACAUGAAGCAACCCAUGGCUGGCAGCCUCCAGAGGCAGCAGGAGGUCCUGCCCCUGCCUGCCAACUGUCCCAGCUUCGCCAUCGUGGAGGUGUCAGAGAACACUCGGGCCAAGCUCUACUGCUUGUUCUGCAAGCUAGGUUUUGGAGCCUUGCCUGGCUUAUCUGCUCAGGAUUUUGUCACCCUUGCCAUCGUACAGCGCUACCUGGACUUCAAAGUUGCAGAAGUUUGGAGUGAGCUGUGUGAAGAACUGAAGGAAGAAUUCAAACUUGUCAGGCCAGAUGAGGAAGCCUUGAGAGUGAUCUCAGAGGGGUCAGAAGGCAUUGGGAGAAUGGUUGCUGCUGUGCAGGCUGAAGUGCUUGAGAACCAACAGCAGGAAGAGAUCCAAGAGGAGGAGAGGACAUAUGCAAGAAUCAAAGCCACACAGAAGCAGAGAGAAAUGGUGACCAGGUCCUGGGAGAGCUUCGUGGCUCGGACAUCCAACUACAAGGCACUGAAGAAGGUAAGAAGGCUCCAGGAGAAGUCAGUUGAGGCCCCCAGGCUGAAACCCAAGCCUCAGACAGAAGCAGCCCAUUCUGCUGUCAGGAAGGGCCUGGGGGGCACACCUGGAGCUGCUCGCUUGGCAGCUGUGGGAAGCACACCAGGGUUGACUGGAAGGACACUGCCCGCUGCAGACCUUGCUCUCGGUGAGCCCUCUGCUGCCAAAGGAGCCCUGAACAAGACCAGCAGAACGAAGCGGUUGGGCGGUGGCAACAGAGGGGCAGCAGCUGCGCAGUAGUGCCCAGAGAGCUGCCAGCUGUGCACGGGGGCACAGGGCGAGGGCUGGCUGCUCUGCCCUGGGCAGGCUCCAGCCUGGCCUGUCUGGGAGGACAGAGCUGCCUGGUCAGUAAAGUGCCCAUGGCACCAGGUA